AUGGCCGAUUGGGCGAGACUGCCGGCGUCGACUCUGGGAAUGGUCAAAUCCACAAACAAGUCGUUGCUCAAGAUCUUGGAGACGGAUGAUCAGCUGUUGGAGUCGGUCCAAGUUCGAUUCUUGGGCAUGAUUCGAGACUUGAGAGAAAGCAAUCGGCGACUCGAGGUGACAUGCUUCUUUGAGGAGCUCCCGCUCCCAGUGGUGGGGAAGGUCGUGUCGAAGGAGUCGGCCACAUUUGCUGGAUACAAUCCGAUCGGUAUUCACGCCAACCAUAGCAACAUGGUUAAGUUUGCCUCUCUAAACGAGACGGGUUUUAAGAGAGUGUUGGGGGAGCUCACGCGAUGGGAGACAGAGUUGCGUGGGUCUAUACCGACUGACCUAAGCCCUUCGGCAGUAUCGGGACAACCGUCACCUCGCAAAACGAUAUUUGCGGUACCGUUUGAAGCCGACCCUCACUUCAUCCCCAGAGAAUCCAUCUCAUCGGCUAUUGAUAAGCAGCUUGAGCGACAUCAGCGGGCGGUGUUAUGUGGAAUGGGUGGGGUUGGAAAAUCACAAAUUGCCAUUGCGUAUGCGUACCAGUACCGCCAAAGGUAUCCACGCAGACACGUUUUCUGGAUGUAUGCGGCCACGAGAAGUCGGUUUGCACAGGCCUGCAUGCAAAUGGCACGACGGUUGAAACUACCCGGAUGCGACGACCCCAAGACGGAUGCGUGCGAGCUGGUGGCGGCGUGGCUGGCCGAUGAGGACAACGGAUCCUGGCUUCUGAUUGUUGACAAUGUGGAUGAUGCCAAUCUCGCGCUAGGUGUCAUACCUACCGGUGAUCUCGACGGUGACAAUGAUGACGACGAGGAGGCCUCGGUGAAGCCACUGAUCGAUUAUUUACCUCGCACUCUGGAUCCGUCAAGACGGCUCCUGAUCACAACGCGAAAUAAGGAUGUAGCGGAUGGCCUCGGACAGAUCGCGUCACCCAUCCCUGUGGGACCUUUCUCGUUACCAGAAGCGCGAUUGCUACUGCAGGAAAAGGUCAGGCAAGAGAGCGCCCGGCCUUCCGAGGAGACUGUAGACGAGCUGCUCACAUCGCUCGCGUACAUCCCGCUGGCGAUUACGCAAGCGGCGGCCUUCAUCAACCGGAAUGUGAUGACCAUUGCGGACUAUCUGAACCUGUUUCAGAGUAGCGAAUCGGAACGGAUGAAGCAGUUGAGUGUCGAACUGCAGGAUCCUCGCCGCGAGCGGGGAUUUUCGAGUUCAGUUUUUCGCACGUGGAGGCUGUCCUUCGACCAGAUGCGACAACGCGAUCCAGCUGCUGCCAAACUUCUAGCAUUCCUGGCAUUUUUGGAAGGGCAGGCUAUUCCGUUAACAUUGGUGCAAUAUACGGAGAGUGUGGAAGCCGACUGGCGCCAGGCAUUGGGUACUGUGGCCGGAUACUCGUUGGUGGUGUCAGCGGCGGACAAGACGAUCUCGAUCCACCCUCUCGUGCAGGAAUCGGUGCGAUAUUGGUUACAGCAGCAGGGGGAGAAGGAUGCGAGUGUGGAGCAAGCGGUUGUGGUACUAGCAGCCAGCUUUCCCACCGGAGAGUAUAACAACUGGCCGGUGUGCGAGACUCUGCUCCCUCACGCGCAGUCCGCAUUGCGUUACCAAGGGACAGGUAUCCUCACGAGUGAAAGCCGAGGAUAUCUCCAAUAUCAUGUUUCGUGGUUUCUAUGGUUGUCUGGGCAGUAUAUCGGGGCAUUGGAACAUGUCUCGGAGUCUUACAAUAUUCGCGUGGCGCUGUAUGGAGACGAAAAGUCUGAAUCUCUCGAAAGUCUAGAGUUAAUGGCAACUGUGUUGCAUUACCAAGGCAAGUACGAGGAUGCGGAGGCGAUGAUCCGACGAGUGCUGGCGGGAAGGGAGAGGGAGCUGGGCGAGAAUCAUCCCUUCACGUUGACGAGCGUGAGUAACCUGGCAGAGGUGCUACGAAGCCGAGGGAAGUACGAGGAGGCGGAGGCGAUGAGUCGACGAGCGCUGGCGGGACAUGAGAAGGGACUAGGGGCCGAUCAUCCCGAUACAUUGAUGAGCGUGAGUAAUCUAGCUGUGGUGCUGCGAAAUCAAGGAAAGUACGAGGAGGCGGAGGCGAUGAAUCGAUGGGCGCUGGCAAGGAGAGAGAAGGAGCUGGGGGUGGAUCAUCCCUCCACAUUGACGAGCGUCUACAAUCUGGCUCAUCUACUCGAUGCCAGACAAGAUUUCCAGCAGGCCUUGGUUCUGUAUCAACGUGCGGCGUCAGGCUACGAAGAUGUCUUAGGCGCAGAUCAUCCCACAACAAAGGCUUGUCGAGCAGAUCUAUCGUCGCUGUUGAGGAGGAUGGGGUGA